GGAUAUACGUUCUCUGAUUUUCAUUUCAACUCAGCUGUUCUGCGAAAACAGCUGUUCAACGGCAUCUAUAUAUUUUUAUUUAUUUUUACGUAAAAAGUAGAAGUUAUACAAAAAUGAAUCUUGCGCGAAGUUUGAAAACGAACUUUAUAACUAAUACCAUAAAGUGUGGAAAUAUCAAUGAAAGCUGCACGAAAUUAUUAACACAGUUGCGUAGAAAAAGUGUGCAAGCAGCUGCUGUAUCAGGCGCAGUUGAUGUUGACAAAAUCGACGCUCCGCAAGCGUCGUCUGAGGAACGCACAACACAUUUCGGUUUUCAAAAGGUGAAAGAAAGUGAGAAGGAUCAGAAAGUGCACAAGGUAUUUGAGGAUGUGGCCAGUUCCUACGAUCUAAUGAAUGACGUUAUGUCCGCUGGCAUACAUCGCAUAUGGAAGGAUGUGUUCAUGGAUCGUUUGGCGCCCAUGCAUGGCACACGUCUAUUAGAUAUGGCAGGCGGCACGGGCGAUAUUGCUUUUCGUUAUAUACGUCAACUGGCCGCGAAAGAAAAUAAACUGAAACGCCAUAGCUAUGUAACUAUCUCUGACAUAAAUCAACAUAUGUUGGAUGUGGGCAAAGAGCGUGCCAAACGUCAAUUGCUAACCGAAGAACACCUGCCAGAUAUAAGCAUCAAUUGGCAACAAGCCGAUGCGGAGCAAUUACCAUUCGAAAAUGAUGCUUUUAAUGCAUACACUAUCGCAUUUGGCAUACGCAAUUGUACGCAUAUUGAUAAGGUGCUGCGUGAAGCCUACCGCGUCUUGGAACCAGGUGGACGAUUUAUGUGUUUGGAAUUCAGCCAUCUGACAAAUGGUGUAAUGCAGUGGAUGUACGAUCAAUAUUCAUUUCAGGUCAUACCGCCGAUGGGACAAAUUUUGGCCGGACAAUGGCAACCAUAUCAAUAUUUGGUUGAGAGCAUUAGGCAAUUUCCGAAGCAAGAGGAGUUCAAAAAGAUGAUUGAGGACGCUGGCUUCGAGUUGGUGUAUUACGAAAAUUUGACCUUUGGCAUUGUGAGCAUACACUCAGGUUUUAAGCUAUAAACUUUGAAGCUGUUAUAAACAUACAUACACAUUAUUAAAUAAAUAUUUAAGUUUAAAUACAUAUUUAACUACAAAAA